GUACGAAGCUGCAGCAAACAAGCCCUAAAUCCCGACUACAGUACAUAGAACUACAGUAGAUUAGGAAUCUCCAAGCGGCAUCAACGAAGAUCAUAUCAAUCCCCUCCUAAGACAGGCCUUCACGAUUAGUUAUCAUUCCCAUCACCUGACAUCCCCUAUCCCCUCUUCUUCCAUUGACUCACAUCAACCAUGACCAUGAAGCAAAAACCCAAGUAAAUAACGAAACAAACAAACAUGCCCCGAACCGACGAAGCAGAAGCCUUCUUCCACGCUGCCUAUACCGCCAUCCAAGAGAUCCCCUACGGGAAAGUAACCAGCUACGGGCAUAUCGCCAAACUGAUCGGGACUCCACAACGCCCCCGUCAAGUGGGAGUCUGCCUCAAACACCUCUCUUCGGACACCACACAUAAUUUCCACAAUGGCAACGUUCCGUGGCAGCGGGUUAUUAAUUCAAAGGGGAUGAUUUCGCCUAGGGGUCAUCCAUCUGGAGCAGCUAAUCAGGCUCGGGUGCUGCGGGGUGAAGGCGUGACGGUCAAUUCGGGGAGCUUGGGGGAACUUCUGGUGGACUUUUCGGAGUAUGGAUGGUUUCCUCGACAAUUGCCGAGUGAAGAGGCAGCUGGCUUGACACCUCACAUUGACUCUGAUGAGGAGUGAGCGAAGUUGGCUCUAUCUACUGCAGUGUUAGAAGUAGUCACCAAGCAAACAAAGAAUCACAGAAACAAUGCUAUUUGUGGAAAGGUGUUUCUAGGCCUAAGACUAUGAUACAUG